AUGCAGGGGGACACUGUUAAGGAUUUAAAGAAAUUCCUGAUUCGGGGGAGGAAAGGAACUGACCACAUCAACGCCUGUGCUGCAGGGGAGUGGGCUCCCAUAUUCACCUCCAUUAAUGACUACAACAAAAAUGGGGGAGACAAAUGUAGGAAAUGGGAUGAGGCAAUUAACAUCAUCAUGCAUGAUAGAUUGUGUGAUGACAUGCCCCCCUGCAAGGUGACUGAUGCAGGGGAGCUCAUCUACCCACCUCUCCCUAUCGGCUCCUCACCACAAUUCAUGCAGGAUCAGAAGUUUGCUGUGUACAUGGAGUUCAAGCAAAACAUCCAGUCCUUCACAUCUGCACUCAGGGUCAAGGCAGGGGUCAGUGCAUUGGUCCUCCAUGGGAGCAAGUCUCCAUCUGAGCAACUGGGCAUCAUCGACCAGUGGCAGUGUGGUACCAUCAUCAAUGGCCUCCUGGCCUGUGUUCUCAUCUUUACCUCCAUGCUGAAGGCAGGUGUGAACCUGUUGGCAGCAGAUUGGCUUAUCCUGUUGAACUCGCAAUGGUCCCAGCAGGACACCGAUCAAAUUAUCGGGCGAGUCCAUUGCCAACCCCAGGCCAGGCCAGUCACAGUGUAUCACCUGUGCAUGGUCAAUUCUGCAGAUUCCUUUAUGAUGUACACUUCAAGGAGCAAGGAACUGCAGCUUCGCAUUUUCACAGACCAGGACAAGCUCAACAGACUCCAAGACCUUCUCCUGGCUGGCCACUCAUCCCUCCACGACAUGGGUGAGGAGGGCGAUGCCCCAGAAUCCACAGCAGAUGACAGUGGUGGCUCAGGUGCUUCGAAGUGCAAGGCAGCAACCAGUCCCCCAAAUGCAGCACCAGCUGUGUCCUGGAGGGUGCCACAUGGGAGCAGAAUGCUUGCAACCUCUGAAGAGAUCGAGACAGAUGUGGAGAUCACCACGGAUGAGCCAAGGGAGCCUCUGGUCAUGGCCAGUGGGGGAAUCAUGGACAUUGAUAGCGAUGGUAGUCAAGAUGGCUCAACGACAAGGAUUCCUGAUGCGGGACCGUCCACUGGGGAUAUCAUGAUGAUGGAUGGAGAGCACCACCAUCAGGUCUUGCCAGCACCUUGA